CCCCGCUACCCAGGAAGACCCAGCGGGUAGUUUAGGAGUGCUGCUUUCGCUUUCCCUUCCCCGUGCCCACUCCUGGCUCCUCGUGCGGCGCUGGGCCCCCUGCCCCGCCAUGGCCACCCUCAGGGUCCAGCCUGAAGCCCAAGCCAAGGUGGAUGUGUUUCGUGAAGAUCUGUGCACCAAGGCAGAGAACCUGCUUGGGAGCUAUUUCCCCAAGAAGAUUUCUGAGCUGGAUGCAUUUUUAAAGGAGCCAGCUCUCAAUGAAGCCAACCUGAAUAAUCUGAAGGCCCCAUUGGACAUUCCAAUACCUGAUCCAGCCAAAGAGAAAGAGAAGGAGGAGCGAAAGAAACAACAGGAGAAGGAAAACAAGGAUGAAAAGAAGAAAGGGGAAGAUGAAGACAAAGGUCCUCCCUGUGGCCCAGUGAACUGUAAUGAGAAGAUCGUGGCCCUCCUGCAGCGCCUGAAACCUGAGAUCAAGGAUGUCAUCGAGCAGCUCAAUUUGGUCACUACCUGGUUGCAGCUACAGAUACCUCGGAUUGAGGAUGGAAAUAAUUUUGGGGUGGCUGUCCAGGAGAAGGUGUUUGAACUGAUGACCAGCCUCCACACAAAGCUAGAAGGCUUCCACACUCAGAUCUCUAAGUAUUUCUCUGAGCGUGGCGAUGCAGUAACCAAAGCAGCCAAGCAGCCCCACGUGGGUGAUUAUCGGCAGCUGGUGCAUGAGCUGGAUGAGGCAGAGUAUCGGGACAUCCGGCUGAUGGUCAUGGAGAUCCGAAAUGCUUAUGCUGUGUUAUAUGACAUCAUCCUGAAGAACUUCGAGAAGCUCAAGAAGCCCCGGGGAGAAACAAAGGGAAUGAUCUAUUGAGUGCCUCCUCUGUCACUGUGAUGGGUACAGCAGAAACCGACAUUCUUUUUACUGGGGUCCCAGACUUUGCCUUACCUUCCUUCUAUUGAAGAUUCUCCCUCACUUUGUCUCCUAAGCACAAUAAAUACAGUCAUACGGUUGCCCGCCAGCCCAAGUCUC